AACCCAUGAUCUUUACUAAAUCUUUCAAAUGUGGGACUUUGAUUGAAUCCCAACAAUCCUCCUCUCAAACGAAGGACCACAAUUACUCUCAUAGUCAGGGUCUUCCCGCGAGUAUUCUAUCACCCUGACCUGCUCUGGGCCUCCCUGCAAGCAUCUGCAUCUGGUCAUUCUUGAACUACUGCAGGCCUCCCUGUCAGCAUCUGGUCACCCAAACCUACUAGCCUCCCCACAAGUCUCCGGUCACCUUGACCUGCUCCAGGUCUCCCUGUGAGUAUCUGGUCACUCUGACCUGCUUCAGGCCUCCCCACAAGUAUCUAAUCACUCAUGACUAGCUUCGGGCCUACCCUCAAUUUCGUUCAAGGACACCCCACAUUGUAUUUCUCUGGACCAUGACUCUGAUACCAUUUGUUGUGCCCAAAGGAUGCCCACAUAUCUCCACAAUGGCAUGAUAUUGUCCACUUUAGGCCUAGACUCUCAUGACUUUGUUCUUGGGCUAUUUCCGAAAGACCUCAUGCUAAUAAAGAUAUCUUGCAUCCUUUUAAUCCAUGAUCUUUACCAAAUCUUUCCAGUGUGGAACUUUGAUUGAACCCCAACAAUCCUCCCUUUAAACGAAGGACCACAAUUACUCUCAUGGUACAGGCCUUCCCGCGAGCAUUUGGUCACCCUGACCUGCUCUGGGCCUUCCGUAAGCAUCCGUAUCCGGUCACCUUGACCUACAGGGCCUCCUCGCGAGCAUUCGAUCACCUUGAUCUGCUUCGGUUCUCCUUGCAAGCAUCUGAUCACUCUAACCUACUCGUUUCCUCGUAAAUAUCUGGUCAUCCUGACCUACUCCAGGCCUACCUUCAAGCAUCCAGUUAUCCUGACCUACUCUGGACCUCCUCACGAGUAUCCAGUCACCCUGACUUGCUUCGAGGCCUUUCCCACAAGCAUCUGGUCAUCUUGACCUGCUCUAGGCCUACCCACGAGCAUUUGUUUCCGGUCAUUCUUGACCUACUCCAGGUCUCCUUAGAGCAUCUAGUCAACCUGACCUACCCCAGGCCUAUCCUUAACUUCGUUUAAGGUCACUCCACAUUGCAUCUGGCCUAGACCAUGACUUUGAUAUCAUUUGUUGUGCCCAAAGAAUGUUCACAUAUAUCCACAAUGGUAUGAUAUUGUCCACUUUGGGCCUAGACCCUCAUGACUUUGCUCUUGGGCUCUUCACAAAAGACCUCAUUCCAAUUGAGAUAUCCUACAUCCUUUUAAACCCAUGAUCUUUACCAAAUCUUUCUAAUAUAGGACUUUGAUUGAAUCCCAACAAAUAACCUAGUAAGAGCAUAAGCUAUAAACGACAAAGGAGGUAUAUAUGUGGGUAAGGAAAAAAAUCCUCGAAUAAUUAUUACACAUUACCUAUGUUGUACACUUUCCUUUACUUAACAAACUCCGACACACUGCAUCACCUCAUGAUUACGGAGGUUAUGUGAGGGGGUAUAUAAAGGAGGAAUCCUCUCUGUGAAAAGGUACGUUCUUUGAACAUUUGCCACUUACACUCGGGCACACAUCUUUUACUGUUCUUCAUUCACCUGUCCAGACUUGUACUAAUUUGAGUGUCGGAGACCCUUCAUCAGGGACUCUCCCCUGGUUUUUGGGUGCUGUAUCUCUGUGUGCACAUGAUCAGAAGAAAGCUUUCCCGUGGAGUGAAAAGUUUUUGACCAGUCAAUUAUCAAAUCACCGUACCCUGUGCGUCACUAUUCCAAAUGCUAGUAGGCGCCCGUGAUUUACCUCCUCCGUAUUGAUCUUGGGAUGAGUUGAUGAGAAUACUGGAGAUGAGCAUAUUCAUCUUUUACCACAAUAGAGUCAUGCAACACAUGGACCCAUCAUAGAUUAUCAGGAUCAAGAACUAAAGAACGUGUUCUAGUAAAAACUACUUCUAGUAACAGCUAGAUUUUGUUCGCAGAUUUAAAAGGAACACAGGGACGCGUUUUUAUAUAUAUCCAUUUAAAUUCUCUAUGGACAGUGCUGUGGGAGUUGAAUUGAUCUGCUACGGCGUUGACCGUUGAGUCUAAUAAUGCAAACCGGGUGGUCGAGCCUUUCGAACCGACGCGGCAACGAUUUCGAUGGCUCUCCGCGCGAUUCUCCCGGCCGUAACAGCCGACUCCGCCUCCGACUCGACCGUUCCUCCUCUUACUCCUCCUCUCCGCCGCCCAAAAUUUUCAAGUUUCAAAUCUCUCCGUUAAUCCCGAUCCUCCCCUCCGACAGUAACAGCUCUCCCACUAAAUUCUCGUCGCGCAUUUAAUUCUUUCCCAAACCAAAUCAAAACCCAUUCCAGAAACACCAGCCGUCCCUUCCAUAACAGCAAACAACGGCAAUCCUGCAGCGGAACUGCUCCGCCUCAUAAUAGAACGCCGGCCGGCUUCCCGGUUCUUAUUAUUAUAGGUUGAUCAGCUCUUACAAUCAGCAUGUUCCUUCACCGUCUCUUUGGUCUCGUUUGAAUCCUAAAGUAGUGUAGCCAUUACGCUCUCAUCAUGGCCUCCUCCGUGGCUCCGAUGCCGAUCUCCGGUAAGUGGCUCGAACCAGUCCGAGUCUCCGACUCCACCGCCAAUAGCCGCUGCUCCUUCAACCCUUCUUACCUCGGCAAGAUCGUCGCCCCUCAGCGGGAAACCAAAGAUGUGCAUUCCUCCUCCUCCUCCUCCGACCGGUCUGAGGAGGACGGCGGGUCGCCGGGGAUUCUAGAACGGUGGGCGUCGUUGCAGGCGCGAGAGCUGGCCAGGACCCUCGACCGGCAGGCUCGCGAGGCUGAAAUCUUAGCGUUGGCCACCGCCGCUCCGCCUGUCUCCGCCCGCGCCCUAUCCUUUCUCCGCGAGGCUUCUGAUUCCUCUUCGGCCGGCACUGCUGCAGUCGCUGCUGUCGACCUUCCUAGAAGCGUCCGGGCGUCGUCGCUGAUACAGAUGUGGAGGGAUUUGGAGACCGACGCAGGGUUCAGUCCCAAGAACAGACCGGAGAACAGCAGCUACAACGCCGAUAAUGCCACACCCGCUGCUACUUCCUCGUCAUCGGAUGAGCUUUCCAGCGAUUACUCCGGGGACUCGGAUUCUGACAUCCCAGCCACGAAUUGUUCUUUGUUGAGGGAGAAGAAUGGUCGGGUGGAGAACAUCGUGAGGAUGAUGAGUUCCGGAAACAGGACACGCACCGCCGCCUCGUCAUUGAAUUCCAAGAACAAGCAAUCCCCCCGAAAAAAACCGGAGGCGAUGGCAGAUAAGACAUCAAGUGAUCAGCGAUCCAUUGAAGAUUUUGUUGCAAGAAUGGAGCAGGAAAGGCGGAGCGAGCUUGUAGCAUUGAAUGAGCAUCGUUGCGUCUCUCAGUUCCAGCAUCAGCCAAUAUAUGGUCUCACGAAACAUUCAACACCAAAGGAGUCUGAUGAAUUGCAUAGACGAACAGCAAUCAUGCAUCCCAGGAGGAAGCAACUAGAUGCUGAAGAUUUUACUAGUCAGUUUGCUGCUAAGAGAUAUGAUUCAGAAAGUUAUCGUCACACAAACUCAUCGUGGGAUGAAAGAAAUUUGUGGAUGAGUAACCUUGAUUUGCAAAGUAUGGCAGAUUUGUUACCUUCAUAUGGUUGGGGCGGUGAGGUGAUUACCGAGGAAGGAGAAUCAUACUUGCAGCAACAUGUUAGUAGAUGGAUGCAUCAGCCCUCCAGUUCAUGGAGACAAUUAGCAGUCAGAAGGCAACCAAUGUGCGUUGGAUUCUUUCAGAAAUUUGCUGAUAAUGUUGAGCUUAUGGAGCUUUAUGAAAGGAGAAGAGUCUCGACUUCCCUGGAUAGCGAUUUCUGCAACAAGUUAAACACAGUGGUCUUAUCAUUGUUAGACAGACAAAGGAAAUGCUGUUUCGAUGAAGACCUAACUGUAAAUGAUGAAGACCAUCCAUUCUGGCAACAAAAGGAUGAGUACUUCAAUAGUUCUAAGCAUGUUGUUGAUAUCCCAUCAUCAUGCUUAACUCCGCAAAACCAUACCAUGUUCCACUCAGAGCACCAGAAACAUGCUUCAUCCCCUCACCAAUCAUCUAAAAAUGAUGUAGAAUUCAUGGAUGAAUUGAGAAGCGGCAUGACUCAGAUACACGAAGAACUUCAUGAACUUCGCAAGUUAGUCAAGAGUUGCAUGGAGAAGCAAGUUGAAUUACGCGAUUCUAUCAAACAAGAUAUUUUAGAUGUGAUUAGGCAAUCAAUUCUAAUAUAGGUCCAGCUGAGAGUAUCUUGAAUCGUUCAUCCGCAACGAUAUGAAUAAGAUGCAGGUGUUGUACCUGCUUCGAUACACAAUCCCACUCAUUGUUAUAUAGGUGUGAGCAUGUGUGCCUGAGUUUAAGUGUGCUGCCGAGCUACAACGAGCAGUAGAAGAUACCUAGCUCAGCCCAGAUUGAUGGAGUAAUAGCUUGGAGAUAUAUAAGAAGAGCCUACAAACAUUUCAUAGUGGAAGUGAUUUGUUCCAUUUCUUAGAAUAGCAAACCCUUAUUAGAGAGACUCCAUCAAAUAGCAUUAGUAUUUAGAUUAGAUAUCUAGUUGAGACUGUAUAUAAUGAGAAAGUAUACUGAAAUUGUACGACGGGAUAUUUGUUUGAGAGUCUAUUAAAAAUUGACGUUUUAA